CCCCUUCUCCUCACCGUCUUCCUUAUCCACCUCUUCAUCCUCUUGUCGAGCUCGAUAGAACGACAAUGACUCUCGUCUCACGCUCGGCUAUCCGUCUCUCUAGACGUGGUGGUCAAGCCCUCCGAAACGCUAGGGCCAACGCAGCUUUCUUCAACACUGCUGCUUCCCAGGCACAAAAUGUUCUGCCAAAAGUCGCUGCUCAGAGCAGUCGAAUGGCCUUCCAGCCCGCAUCUGUUCCCCAAUCUCGAUCCUACGCCACUCCUUCCAACCUCCAGACUGGAUCCAUCAAGACCGUCAUUGGUGCCGUCGUCGAUGUUCACUUUGACUCGGACAACUUGCCGCCCAUCUUGAACGCUCUCGAUGUCCAAUUCUCCGAGGGUCAGACCAAGCCUUCCGGUGGACGAUUGGUUCUUGAGGUCUCCCAACACCUGGGAGAGAACACCGUCCGAUGCAUCGCUAUGGACGGUACCGAUGGUCUUGUCCGAGGACAGAAGGUUGUCGACACUGGUGCCCCCAUCACCAUCCCUGUCGGUCCCCAGACUCUUGGACGUAUCAUGAACGUUAUUGGUCAACCCAUUGACGAGCGUGGACCCAUCAAAGGAGCCAAGGAGUCUCCUAUCCACACCAACCCUCCCGAGUUUGUUGACCAGUCCACCCAGGCCGAAGUCUUGGAGACCGGUAUUAAAGUCGUCGACUUGCUCGCUCCUUACGCUCGUGGAGGAAAGAUUGGUCUCUUCGGUGGUGCCGGUGUCGGAAAGACUGUGUUCAUUCAAGAACUCAUUAACAACAUUGCCAAGGCACACGGAGGUUACUCUGUCUUCACCGGUGUCGGAGAACGAACUCGAGAGGGUAACGAUCUUUACCACGAAAUGAUUGAGACUGGUGUCAUCAACCUCGAUGGUGACUCCAAGGUCGCCUUAGUGUUCGGACAGAUGAACGAACCCCCUGGUGCCCGAGCCCGUGUUGCUCUUACUGGUUUGACCGUUGCCGAAUACUUCCGAGACGAGGAGGGACAGGAUGUGUUGCUUUUCAUUGACAACAUUUUCCGAUUCACCCAAGCCGGUUCCGAAGUGUCCGCCUUGCUCGGUCGUAUCCCCUCUGCCGUCGGAUACCAACCUACGCUCUCCACCGAUAUGGGUGGUAUGCAAGAGCGAAUUACCACCACCAAGAAGGGUUCCAUUACCUCCGUCCAGGCCGUCUACGUCCCUGCCGAUGAUUUGACCGAUCCCGCUCCUGCCACUACCUUCGCCCAUUUGGACGCCACCACUGUGUUGUCUCGAUCUAUCUCUGAGUUGGGUAUUUACCCCGCUGUCGACCCUCUCGACUCCAACUCUCGUAUGCUUGACCCUCGAGUCGUCGGAGAGCGACACUACUCUGUUGCUACCCGAACUCAACAAAUCCUCCAGUCUUACAAAUCUCUCCAGGAUAUCAUUGCCAUUUUGGGAAUGGAUGAAUUGUCAGAAGAGGACAAGUUGACUGUCGAGCGUGCCCGAAAGAUUCAGCGAUUCAUGUCUCAACCUUUCGCUGUCGCUCAGGUCUUCACCGGUAUCGAGGGACGUCUCGUUCCCCUGAAGGACACUGUCACUGCAUUCGAGGAGAUCCUCGAGGGCAAGCACGACCACAUUUCUGAGAGCUCCUUCUACAUGGUUGGAGGUAUCGAAGACGUCAAGGCCAAGCACGAGAAGGCCCUCAAGGACCACGGUAACUAGGCGAUAACGGGUUGUGGUUGAAAAGGCACAUGCUCGUUUCUAUUCAAAACUUAGAAGAACCGUGUUGAUCCUAGCUAUCGAUACUUCGUAAAUGAAGAAUGAAUUGCAUCAGCAUCA